UAUAUCGCGGAAACAAAUUAUAUAUUUUUCUCAUUGUUUUACAAAAAAUUCUUUAAUAAAAUGUUAAGCGCUCGCAAGGACAAAAAGUUUCUAUUUGAGUUUAUGCAUAAUAGAGAUGUGCCAGCUUGGUAUCGUGGCACUUCGCCAUUUCAAACAGAAGCUGCCGAUGAGCUUGCCAACUCGAUACGUGACGAUGUCGCCCAGGAAACGUCUCAUCGCGUACAUAAUUGCCUAAGUCGACUGGGCUUAAUACCAGCUGUACGCGAUAAGGAUCUGAAAAUGCUUAUGAAAUUGAGCGGCGGCAAUGAUUUGGCUUUUUUAUGGUUUCUGAUGGAGUUGUAUUAUAAAAAACCUGGUGAUGAAUAUAGUAGUCUAAAUGAACAACUAAUACUUACAUCUAUAGCACAUCUUGAUAUGAUUACAACAUUGCGGGAAUUGGAUAAUAUUUUACCGCCAGGCCACCAAUCCAAACGGCAAUUGGAAAAACGUCGAAAGCAAAAGUUAAGAGAUAAAAGUUGGCUAAGCCCACCACAUAAGCUAGUAAAAAAGCAUUCAUCACCGUAUUUUAACAAGCUAGAACGACCCGUACAAUACGGUAAACCACUCGAAGUAGAACGACCUGAUUUUAAGGUAAAAUUCUUUCGCUAUGAAGUCUAUAAGGAUCCAAAUUAUGUGCCACCAAAUGAAGAAAAUCGUUGGUAUGCCAAACAUAGUUUCAAUAGAGCCAAACGUAUUUCAAAUAAAACGAUACGUGAUGUUCUCAAUAAUCUUUCGGAUAAUUUAGAAUUAAUACCGAUUAUAUCUAACAGAGCUAUUGAGGUCAUUGAUUAUGCAUUAAGUGGACUACACGAAGUGAAAGGCAAAGUAUUGUGUAAGAAACAUCAAAUUGAAGAGGAGGAGGCGAAACUACGGCGUACAGAAUUCAUAUUAAAAAAACGGGAAAAGUGUUUUGCAAGCCUUGAAUUGUUUCAAAAGAAAAAACAGGAACGUCUUGAAAGAAUACAAAAAAUGCUGGAAACCGAAGUCGAAAUGUAUCGUCUGCACUAUCAUAAAAAAUUGCAAUCGCACAAAGAUGAACAUAGCUAUAUACGAGUACUCGGCAAAGAGGGUUAUUGUGAGCAUUUAAUUCAGGAUGAUCAGGAAGAAAAUUGUAACGAUAUUGGACCAUGUCCGAAAACACCUUCUCUAUUAUCGAUGGCGGCUAGUCGUACCUCCAGAUAUACUCAACUAUCAGAUAGCAAAUUAAACGGUUUGAGUAAAGUUGAAUCGUUAUUGAUGAACAGAGGUCAUCGUUUAUCAUUUGGGCAAAGAGAAUCUGAACUACAACAAUUUCAUAACAUAAGUCCAACACCUCCGUCAUCGGAACGUUAUUUUGUGGGUCCAACCAAAAAUCAACCAUAUCAUUUUAGUUAUACGAAAAUAUUUCGCUACAAAGACGAGAAUGAUAAAAGAAUAUUUAUUAAAGAUAAAUGUGUGGAAGCCAUGGAAACGAAAGAGCAAUGUGUCCCGAAGUUAGACGAUCUAACACCUGACUUGGCGAAAUUGGCAAAGAAUAAUGCAGAUCAAACGUGGAAUGAAAAUCAAAAGGAAUGGCGUAAAGCGAAUGAAAAUAAUUACUUAGAGGAAUCAAUACAUUUAGAUCCGUAUCCGCCGGAUAUGCCACGUUUACCAUUCUACGAUUGUGAGGAUAAGACACUAAUGAAUGACAUGUUACGCAUUGCAAUAGAUGAGAUGAGAAAAAAUCCAAAAUUUGUACUAGCCUCAUUGCCAGAUGCCCACAAAUUGCCGAUGCUUCGUGAAUGGAUCUAUCAGCGCUAUGGGAAGCGAUAUACGCAUGCACAGCGCAUUAAGGAAUUAAAUGAGUCAAUAAAAAUAAUAAAUGUAUUACAGAAAAUGAAAUUACGCACAAUGCUUCCGAAACCAUAUGAAAUCGGCACAAAAUUCUUGCAAAGCUAUAAAUGUCAUAAAUAUAUCGUGAAAAAGGUGGGCAUAGCACGCCGCCAGUUCUAUGAUCGUGUCAAUUCGGAUCUAUUGAAGCGAGCUCGCUACUUCUGGUUUGCGAUGCGUAUUCCGCUAUGUGCCUUACCAACACGUGCUACAUUUUUUGCUUAUUUACCAGCAAGAAGAGUUGAUAACUAUCUGUUUAAGCCCUGGAAACUAGCCGAACGUAUGGACGCUAAGGCCGAAUGGGAUAAAAAGCGUUUCAUGGAGAAAUUAAAAUUGUUUAGUUUUUUUUAUUUAGGGAAUUAUCAAAAUUCUUGUAUAAUAAUGUUUUUACAAAACUACGCUAAACCCACCACCAACUGGGUGGCACGAGACAUGCAACGUCAACGCGAGUUCGUCGACAAAUAUAUGCGUUCGAUAGAUGUACCAGACUGGUAUCGUGGCUUAUCGUCAUUUCAAUAUCGUGCGGCCAGAAAUUUACUUUAUGCCAUUCGUGACGACCUCGAGCAGGACACUUCGCAUCGUGUGCGUGACAUCUUGAAUACGAUCGGUUUACGCCCACCGAUAUCGAAAAAGAAUGUACGAUUUAUCAUGAAAUUGAGUCGUGGAAAUGAUUUGGCCUUUCUGUGGUUUCUAAAAGAUUUACAUUACACAACGGGGGAACCGGGUUACAAUACGAAUGAACAGUUGAUUUUAUCAUGUAUAGCUUAUUUGGAUUUAAUUUUUACCAUACGCGGACUAGAUAAUCUAUUACCGGCCGGACAACCACCAAAAAAGACACCACCCAAACGUAAAAUGAGUAAAAUUGUAAUCGAACGAAUGUCUAGACGGAAAACGGAAUACAGCAAGUUAUUACCACGUACAUUACCUAAACAAACUGGCUCCUUCAACAAGCAAUACAAGUUGCCAUAUCUCGAGCGUCAACGACGUCCACGUCCAUUUGGUAAAUCGCUUACAGCACAUCCACCCGAAAAUGUAUUACAACUGAAAUUUUUGGAAGUCUUCAAAGAUCCAAAUUACGUUAUACCAAAUGAGUCCAGUCGUUGGUUUUCCAAUUACGAACCCAAUGAAGGCCGUAAAACUGCGAAUAGUCUGGUUAAUCAAAGUUUGGAUGAAAUUUUCAAAGCAAAUUUAGUCAAAAUUCCCAGUCAAGUCUUUGAGGCACAAUUAUUUAAGAGCCUAAGAUUAUCGGGUACGACAUUGAGAAAAAAUAGUCGAAAUGAAUUAGGCAGAAAUAUUUUAUGUGAACAUCAUAAAGUCAUGCAAGAGAUGGAGAAGAGUCUAGAGCUCGAGUUACGUGUGAUAGCGCUCGAGAAGUGUCGAAAGUAUUUUGAUUUGGAUAUACCAAAGAAAGAGAAACGCGUCGCUCGCCUGCGCAAACAGAUUGAGAACGAUGUAAAUCUGCAUUUGUUGCGAUUCCGACAAUUGGCUGACAAAUCACGAAGUCAACUGCUUUUAUGGGGCAAGAAUGACCUGCAAGUUUGCAACUUAAGCAAUGAUGCGAGGAGUAAUAUGGAAAAGGAAUCAUGCAGUUUAUGCAUGAACCAAAGGCUGCAAUGUCAAUCAACACAAACACAAAGCGAGUGUCAUUUUGGACUCAAACCGAAGAUUUGCAACAGUACACGGAGAAAAACGUUAAGUGUGAAGAGUGAACAUAAACUACGUGCACAAAAUUUAGUUAACAACACUGAACCCGAAAUAAUUGGGGAUUGCUUACGCAAAAACCAUUUGAAAAAUCACAAAAUGCAGAGUAUAAAGUCUCCACUGAUGAAGGCACAUAACGCGUGCAAACCGAAAGUUAAUAACUGUGAUAGUAACUACGAUUACAUGCAAAACUACGACUAUGGGCACUCAGACACAAGUAGUGAAACUAAAGCAUUCUUUAAUGCACCGCACAAGCAUACUCCAUUCAAAUUCGAUUAUCAAAAGAUUUUUGAUAUACCUUUCGAACAGGAAGAUGAUAUAAAUAUAAAGAAAAAAUGUGUAGCGGCAAUUAGAAGUGAGGAGCGUUUAAGCAAUCACCAUGCUGAAUCUAGAGAAAAUAUAGAUGAGGCAAUUAAAAACUGUACCAUGAAGGCAAUGGAAAACACUUUUCAAAAAAGCCGUAUAAAUGUUGAAUAUGACACCGAACCAUUAUUGCCAAGUGCGAAAGCAAAUACGUAUUAUGAUCCGAAUAAUAAAGCAUUAAUGCAUCAAAUGUUGAAAGAGGGAAUUGAAAGAUUGGCUAAGGAUACUAGAUAUGUCUUAGCAGCACUACCCGAUGCACAUAAAUUACCAAUUUUACGGUAUUGGAUAUAUCAACGCUAUGGCAAAAUCUAUACCCAGAAGGAAUUGUUCGAAAUUUUCAAAUCAUCGACGCUACUCUUUCGUGCGCUUCUUCAAAUUCAGAUACACGAAGCAUUGCCAUCACCAACGGAUCUUGGGCGGGCAGUAUUUAUUGAUUAUAGUUGUCAUAAUUAUCUAAUGAAAAAGUGCGAUCGCAUAAAGGACUUGUUUUAUAAACGUGUAGACAAGGCAAUUUUGGCACAGUCUCGUCACCUCUACAUAGCCAUGACACCAUAUGUAUACGCUGGACGAUCACCAAAUAAAACAAUUUUCGCUUAUUUACCCUCACGACCCAAUGACAUACAGCACUUUCGGGUGUGGAGCCCACGCGACUGUAAACCAAAAUGGGCAAAACAUAAUAGACUUCCUGGACAAUAACCGAAAGAAUUCAGAAGUGCUAACUGUAUUUAGUAAUUGGUGAUGCCAUAAUGAAACAAAUUUCUUCAACUUUUAUGACAAUUUAGAUAUCAGUCAAUUAGAUGUUAAAGCACUGCAACCGCUUUGAAAAAAUUGGAUGGAGAAGCCAAGUUUUUUAAUGCAUUUGCAGUACUGAACCUCUGUAAUUUGUUGAC